UACGAGCACUCAACAAAAUGGAGGCUAAACAAAGGGACACGACAAUGAACUCAGAAGGAAAUACUGUUAUACCCCUCUUUGCGUCAUUCCAAGAUUACUUGUCCAAUGACCAAGAGAUAAGAGAGGAAAUCAAAACAGUGACUAGAGACUUGGAACAGUCUGCAAGAGAAAUACUGGCUGUUUUGCAAGCAGUGCAUCAAUCCCCAGGCCCGGAAGCCAUAGAGAAGAUUUGUGCAAAAAGCAGGGAAAUGUUGACUACAGUGAAGUCUCAAUACAAAAAUCUUGUGGAGAAAAUACCUUCUGGUCAGUAUUACAGAUUCUGUGAUCACUGGCGCUUUACUAGCCAAAGGUUUGCCUUUCUUGGUGGUUUUAUUGUGUACCUGGAGAGUGAACGACUCAUCACUCGGCUAGAAUUAGCAGAAAUGCUUGGAGUUCAAGUAGACAGGACAACGGAUGGUUUUCAUAUCGAUCUGGAUGAUUUUCUCACCGGCCUUCUUCUACUUGCUAAUGAGAUGUCACGGUUUGCAGUGAACAGUGUCACAUCAGCCGACUAUGGCCGGCCUUUCCGAAUAGCUGCCUUUGUGGCUGAACUAGACGCCGGCUUCAGACUUUUGAACCUUAAAAAUGACUCUCUUAGAAAAAAAUUUGAUGGACUCAAAUAUGAUCUGAAGAAAAUCGAGGAAGUCGUGUAUGAUCUGACCAUUAGGGGACUCAAACCGUCUUCAGAAGAGGCGGAUCGACAAGAGAUUUCCGACAACAAAGCCGGGUUAGAUGUAGGAUCUCCUCCGGGCGAAAAGUAAGUUUGUUUGCUUUGGUGGAGAGUUGUGAUCUUCUCAGUCUGUUUUGUUUGAUGAGUACCGCACACGAAUUAUUUAAAAGAGAUGAAGGCUACGAUUGGCGUUUGGAUAUUUGGGAAUGAUCUGCAAUGGAGUGCAAAUUGUCGAAGCAAAGAAGGCCGAUUUAGAUAUUGCGUUAAUUGAAAUUCAUCCUGAAAGCAAAAACUAUGUCUUCAGUUUGUCUCUGUUUUCAAUCCCCGUCGUUUGUGGUUUCAAAUUUGUUGGGAACCUUUUCGAUAUUGUGAAAGUAAUUAGUCGGUAUUUAAGAGUUGAAGCGAACAGCUGGUAAACUUGUCCAAAAUAACCAAAGUUCUGAUGAAUGGAUAAGAAGAUUGGACAGAGAAGGAAAAAAGUUUGGAUUAAAUAAUCAGUAAUAAAUUAGAACAAAGAAAUUACACAGAAAUUGGUAUUGCUGAUUAGCAUGUGAGGCUGCUUGGCAUUUCUCAGAGGUGACUAUCGUCGACUCAUAAACGAGGGGAAUGUACCAGAUUACGCAGAUGAUACAAUGGGGUGUACAAACCAUGAAAAGGCGGCCAUAUCUGUGUAUUAAAUUGAAUUUAACUCUUCA